GCACCAAGGCUUCCUCAAGGUCGUGUGGGUCUAACUAGCUUGGCUCGGCCCCUACCUCCGUGCAGCUCCGACGAUGGCGCGCCUCCUCGUUCUCGCCGUCACGGCCACGGUUCUCAUGGCUCGGUCCGGGCAGCCGGCGUCCGCUGCGUGGACGUUGCCGGCGGAAGCCUUCUGGCGCGCCACCCUGCCCGACGCCCCCAUGCCAGACGCCAUCCUCGAGCUCCAGCCCCAGUUUGAUCACCACACAUCAACGGAACAGGGCGCAUACAUGAAUGCAGAGACUGGCACUCCGGAAGGCGCAGUCGCCGAGGACAGCGUGGAGGACAACGACCCGCCGCGGCCCAUGAACUUCAACUACGGCUACAACAACGCCUUGCCCCGGAGCGAAGCCACCAGCGCCCCCUCCCCCAACGUCCUACUGAACCGCGCCGCCGUCGUCCGCAACGUCGCCACGCCGUCGUCGGCGGUGUUCUUCCUCGAGGACGCGAGUAAAUUGCAUGAAACCACCACUUUGAAGGCUAGCUUUGCAGAAAACACUACAAUACAUUUUUUUGGCAGAAAACACUGCAUCUUUAGUAAUCUUGUUGCAAAAAUCACUGAUUGACGGAUCUGGCUUAAGCGUGUUUAUGACAGAUGGG